GGGGGGGGGGGGAAGGAAUAACCCCUUCUGUUUAUGUUGUUUUCAUCGGCUGAUGUUUCGUUGUUGCCGUGACCUGCUUUCCUUUUGUUCAAAAUAAAGUAGUCAUGAGUUUAUUAAGACGUUUUAAGGCCACUGAUUUGUUUGAAUUCAACAACAUCAAUCUCGAUCCUUUGACCGAAACAUACAAUAUCUCAUUUUACCUUCAAUAUCUUGCACGUUGGCCCGAUUUAUUCAGUGUGCAAGUCUCUCCUCAUGACCGUCUGAUGGGUUACGUGAUGGGUAAGACGGAAGGUACGGGUAAGAAUUGGCAUGGUCACGUCACUGCAAUCACAGUGGCUCCUGAAUAUCGUCGAUUGGGACUUGCGGAUGGUAUGAUGAAUUUACUUGAAGAGGUCUCUCAAAAGACAUACAAUGGAUGGUUUGUGGAUCUUUAUGUACGUGUUUCCAAUACGGUAGCCAUUGAUAUGUAUCGCAAGUUUGGAUAUUCAGUUUAUCGAACCGUGCGAAAUUAUUAUGCAGGACAAGUGAAUGAAAAUGCUUAUGAUAUGCGGAAGGCGUUACCCAGGGAUACGAAAUUAGAAACGAUUCGAGAAAACGGAGAAAAAGUGUUUGUAAAUCCUGAGGAUUUAGACUCUUGGCGUUAAUAAUAGAAAAAAAAAAAGAGACAAAUAAAAAAACUGUUUAUUUAAGUGAAC